GAAGAACAAUACGGUCAACUGAGGCACAACAAACAAUUAGGUUUUCAUUAAAAGCCAUUGUUUAUGCAGCUCUUAAGCAAUUCAUCUUAUAUUCAACUUGUCAAAACUGCUGUGUGUAUAUUGACCAACCUCAAGUUCAAUUAAUCAUGCAUGGUAAUGGAUAAUCAAUGCAUACUUCCAAAUAUGCUGAAUGUUAUAUCAUUAUCCUUAAAAGUGGUUGUCUUUAUCUCCCUUUUACUCUCCUGAAAUCGACCAGUUCGUGCAACCAUGUUCUGGCUGUUGCUAAAAAUCAAGAUAUAAAAGAGAAUAGAUUGUGUUCUGAAAAAGUUUUUGCCGUUGCUAUUUUCUUUGAGACACUCCGGCAGCAAAAAUAGUUUAUUUUCAGCCUGAUUGAACGACUCUGCGCAAAAAAGUUACAAUUGCAUCUCGUUAAUGGCAACUCCAUCUUCUCCUCGAAUCGCUGGAAUUGAGGGUACCUUCACCCCUGCAACUGCACAAGCGUUUAUAGAAUAUGUUCAGUCACACCUUGGACAAUUUGAAACGCGCAUGUCUGAACACGAUACUCUAUUUCAACAACUUACGCAACUAAAAACUGAAAAUGCCGAAUUAAAAAAACAAAAUGACGAUUUGCGACGUGAGAUGUCUGAAUUGCGAUCGCAAUUAACCCAUCAAGGUGGACAUCUGCAAACUUCAGUUGAUCCCACUUCUACUACUGUCUCUUCUGAUGAGGUUUUACCUGUUGGUAACACCCAAACCGCUGCUGCUACCCCAAAAACCUUGAACAAUCAGCCAACUUUCGCCUCUCUCGCCGCUAAACCCCCUGUUUUUAGCCCUGCCAACCCCGGCAAAAGACCUUCCGCUCCUCUUCCUGGCCGCGCUGCCUCCAAAAAGCAAAGAAUUGCUGCUGCCCGUGCCUUGCGUAACACCUUGAAUUUGGAAGAGGACUAUAAUCAAAUUCGUGAGAUUGUAGAUAAUUACUUGGAGAAACAUGCUAUUUCCGAAUGGAAAUAUGAAGCUGCUUUGAAAAUCCUUAUUGGCGAACAACUUGUAAUUGAGCCCACAAAUAACAACCUGAAAAAACUGGGCGAAAUAUAUUUAAAAGGAUGUCUAAACAAAUACAAGGAUCGAAGUGGCAACUGCAGUACCGAGGAGAAAGAGAAAAUUGAAUCAAUCAAGCAAUCCAUUCAAAAAAUCUGUACCUCGACGCCGGUUAGGAAAUUGUUGAACAUGGCUACUUAUAUACGCCAGUUUUCGGAUGAAGCUGUUAUCAGCAGAAUCCAACAAGGUCAACAAGAGCAACAAGAUCAUCAAGGCCAACAAGAUCGACAAGACGAACAAGCCAGUCAAGCCCCAUUCGAUGACCAUUUUAGAGAUAUGACUCCUGCUGACAGAUUAAUCUCUUUAUGUGAUAAAUUUGGUAUAGAUGGACAUUUGGAUUUAAUGGAAGACAAGAUUGCAAAGCGGUACAAAAAAUACCUAAAAAAAGCCAUUGAUGAAUUAGAGUCGAGAUUACAACCUAUGGCAACAAAGAAAGAAAGCGAAAUGUUGAUGAAGAUAAGCAAAUGCAAAAGCCGAAUCGAUAUUGACAAUUUGCUAGCGAGCUUUUACGCUCAGCAAAAUAUGGAUCCCAUAUGUCGGUACAUCAGAUUAGCCUUUGCUACAGCAGCAGAACUCUGGUCUUCCCGAAUUUUAUUGAAGACGGAUCAUAAUGAAUCGUGGUUCCGUAGCCAUGUUUACUCGGCUGUUUUCGACAAUGCUUUUUUGUAUGAUGAUAAAUUUACUUCCAAAAGAGCCGACUGUUACUCCAACAUCACAAAAGAAUUUAAAGAUGUUGAUAAUCAGCGUGUCGACUUUAUUCUGAGAAAUGUUAAUGAUGAUAACGAUUACCUCUCGGCAGAAGAGAAACCUGGCUUAAAAGGUGUAAAAAGCGACUUGAAAAAAGGUAAAGCGUUACAAAAAGCCAUGUUAAGGAAAUGGAGAGGCAACAUUGGAAGCAUGCAAAUCAUGAAACAUCUUGAAGCAAUCACUUGUCAAUGACAAGGAUUGAAACUCAUGAUAUAUGGUACGCGAUACCUUUCAGAAAAUCAUCUCGUGACAUAUAGGAAAGGUAGCUUUACCAUUCCCAAGGAUGAAAUUCACGCUGCAUCUUUUGCGCAAGUAUUGGCAGCCGUGUUAUCUUUGAGACGAUUGGUAUACGCAAAUUAUACCAAGCUUAACAUAAUUCUAGUACUUAAAAUACGAAUACAUGAAGUAUUGUACUUAUUAUACGAGAGCGAAAGGAUCU